UUGCAGAAAUCCUAUGUUGUCGUGGAUACAGUAGCUGGAAUCAAGCGAGAGGUCGCCCACAAUUAUAGGCGCCAUGAAAAGAACCUGGUCCUCUUACCAUACCAUGAAGAACUGACCUGUGAACUGGACGCCCGCUUCGACCACAUAAAGCACGGAAUUGUUACAGCAGUUCUGGUGAACGAACAAAGACCAGCAUUAAGGAACUUUAUAUUUGCUUUAAAGAUGUACCUUUCCGUGUACGGAUUUCAUUUCACCAGAGAGGACCAUCUUCAAAUGAUUGAACUGCUGUACUUUAUUCUAGUGAGAAAACACCAGUGGCAUGAUAUUGUGACAUACGCUGCUAAGACUUUAGAAGACUUGGCGAAUAAAUGCUACUUCGGCUAUCAAGAUCUGACAUUGGAUUGGGAACCGCUAUUCGAUCUUUAUUAUGGGGCAAACUAUGGAAAGCUUAUGGAAGAAAUCGAAGGAAAAAAUCUGAAAAAUGCGGUUUUCUUGUUGAAAAGAUUCUAUCGUCCCUCAGAUACUCCAAAAAUUUGGGACAGGGUGCGUUUUGAUUAUCGCCACAUCAAGGACGAGUUUGAGUGUACGGCUGCAUUCUGA